CGUAACUGGUCACACCCGACCACCACAGCAAAAAUAUAUAAAAUCCAAUCUUAAUAAUAAAGAAAAGUGUCAAUUUAGUGCAAUUACUUGCAAUAAAAACGUAUUAUCCUAGCUAAAUUUAAGAUCGGCCGUGUCCCCACGAACUUAAAGUUGAGCUAAGAGAAGUGUACACUUGAUCAAAGGAAAGCAAAAAAGUAUCAAAAUGUCGGAAAUGCAAAUGGAUUGUGCGCUGGAUCUGAUGCGACGACUGCCGCCCCAGCAAAUCGAGAAGAACCUGAUUGAUCUGAUUGACUUGGCACCCGAUCUCUGCGAGGAUUUGCUCUCCUCCGUGGAUCAACCACUUAAGAUAGCCAAGGAUAAGGAGCACGGCAAGGAUUACCUGCUGUGUGACUACAAUAGGGAUGGUGAUUCGUAUAGAUCGCCCUGGUCGAACUCCUACUAUCCGCCGCUGGAGGAUGGCCAAAUGCCCUCGGAGCGUCUGAGAAAACUGGAAAUCGAGGCCAACUAUGCGUUUGAUCAGUACAGGGAUAUGUACUACGAGGGUGGCGUGUCCUCCGUGUAUCUAUGGGAUCUGGAUCAUGGAUUUGCCGCUGUUAUACUGAUCAAGAAGGCGGGAGAUGGCAGCAAGAUGAUCCGGGGCUGCUGGGAUUCCAUACAUGUGGUGGAGGUGCAGGAGAAAACCACUGGCCGAACGGCCCACUACAAGCUAACGUCGACGGCCAUGUUGUGGCUGCAGACCCACAAACAGGGUUCGGGCACCAUGAACUUGGGCGGCAGCCUCACGCGGCAGCAGGAACAGGACGCCAAUGUCAGUGAGUCGUCGCCGCACAUAGCCAACAUUGGCAAGAUGGUCGAGGAGAUGGAGAACAAGAUCAGGAACACGCUGAACGAGAUCUACUUUGGCAAGACCAAGGACAUUGUCAACGGGCUGCGGAGCACACAGUCGCUGGCAGAUCAACGCCAGCAAGCGGCCAUGAAACAGGACCUGGCAGCGGCCAUCCUGCGGCGCAAUGUCAAGCCCGAUUCAAACUGAGCAACUGGAGAGGCUGAGGGCUGAAUAAACCACAUAAAUUUACCACCAGGCUACGGCGGUGUCCUUCUAUGCAAGACUGUCUCCUUAAAAGUGUUAAAUACCAAGUGAAUUGUAAUAUUAUCUAAAUGGAAUAUAUAUCAUUUCCAUAAUAUUCAAAUCAAUUCCCUACUAUUUCACACUCUUUUUCAUAGAGUAUAUAGAGAAUUACACCUCCUAGCCUGGUGCACAAAAAAAGCAGACUUCAAAUAUUAAUUACGCAUUUCUAGGCAGUAAAUUUGUUACCAAGAGUAAAGAAAAUUGUUACACCACAACAAAAAACAAUAUUAAUGUAAAUUUGUCCCCCACACACACAUUGUUGCUAAUCUAGAGUCGCGCUUAACAUCCAAAAAAUAGUUCAGCCAAAAAUGCCAACUUCGCCGCCCGUCAAGACAGUAUCCAUAAGUAUUUGUAUCUUAUUUGUAAUAACCGAAGUCGAGGCAUUUCAGUUUCAUAUUCUUAAUUUCUCCGCGAAUAAAAUAUAUUGUGUUUCUUAA